AUGGCAGACAAGCCAGACUUGGGGGAAAUCGCCAGCUUCAAUAAGGCCAAGCUGAAGAAAACCAAGAUGCAGGAGAAGAACACCCUGCCGACCAAAGAGACCAUUGAACAGGAAAAGAGGAGUGAAAUUUCCUAAAAGCCUAGACUG